CGGCAAAGGUCGGGCAGAUUCGGGCAGCGAGCGAGCGACGAGCCCAGCCGAGCCAUGGCGGCCGUGUCGCACACAAUCGCUCGUGGCUUUCACGAGGCGAGCACGGUCGCUCCGUACGACGGAGUAUAAGAUAAUUUUUGUCUCUCGCGUUCUUCGUUCCCGUCGUUCUCGUCGCGUAUUUUAUCGACGAUAGAACAUCUCUUUCUCUUUCGUAGAAGAAGAAAUUAAGUCGAAGAAAGUAUCGUGGUGUAAAGCGGCCUGUCAAAGAGCGCGCUCCUUUUCGCGACUCUUUCUCUCUCCCUCGGAAGAUAAAGAGAGAGAGAAAGAGAUAGAAAGAGAGAGAGAGAGAGAGAGAGAGAGAGAGAGAGAGAGAGAGAGAGAGAAAGAGAGAAUCAUACAAGCACACACAAACGAUACUUUGUCGCGUCGUGUCAGGCGUCGCGCGUGCACGACUUGGCAGCGCGACGCCUCAGCUUUUACCAGAAGAAAUGACCUCUUUGAGAAAAUUCUUCUAAAGGGCUCAAGAACAAGGAAGAAAAGAAGAGAAAGAAAGAAAAAAAUAGAAGAAGGAAAUUCACUGUCUCUCUCCCGAGGCUACACACGUGUCAUCGUUGUUCCACCGUUGUUGACGGGCGCAGACGCGAUGUCGCUGCUCGAACUGACGUCGAUUCUUUUCCUCGUGCUUGCCUCGCCUGCCUCGGGAUACUUCAAUCUUUUUCUCAGCCAGGCAGAAGUACGCAAACUCAUGGGUCUCCAAGCGGAGUUGUUCUACGUCAGAGAAGGUGUGAUCAACGAAUAUGCAAUUAAAUUCGUUGUACCGGUUCCGGCACAAGUUCACAAGCUGCAUUUCACAUGGCAAAAUCUUGCCGGUAGGCCGCUUCCUUACACGAUGGACGUUGAUAUCAGCAAUCCAUCGGCUUUGAGCAGCUCGCUGAACAUAUCUCAAACGGGCGAGAUACCAGUCGGUGUUUUACAAACUUGGGCCCUAGCUUUACAUUGUGGUCCCUAUGACGCCGAAGUAGACCUUAGCCUACGCAUAAACGUUUCCGUAUCGAGAAAGAACACAACGAGUUUAGAAUUUAGACGGAAGAAGAUCUGUUUGAAAGAGAAGAGUGGUUAUACCGGACCCGAAGAGGUUUUAGUCGCUGCUUCGGGUUCUACUUCCGGUGGACAGGUGUUCUACGCAGCCAUCGGAUGUGCCUGUGCCUUCAUCGCUGCCAUAUGCGUUCUCGUAGUGGCCUAUUACGUUCGAGAUAAGAAGGCCAGAAGGCAUAGGGAUCCGUUACAAGAAUCCAGAGGGCUCAGUUCAGCGUGUAGCGUAGAACGAGGAACAGGGGUCGGUCCGGCGCAAACCUUUCUGUCUCCGGAAACUCCGCCACCCUCAGCGUCUGGAGCAUCAGCAUCCACUUAUAGAAGAUUAGACGACAGACCUAGUCGAGAGCUACAUGAAAGAAUUCAAGAGAUCACCGUACAAAGAUGCAGGGUGCGUCUUCUCAGCAUAGAAAUGGAGGGCACCUUUGGUCGCGUGUACAGGGGUAGUUAUCACGAGGAGGGUGCUUCGUCUCCGAGGGACGUUCUAGUAAAAACAGCCGCCGAGCACGCCUCACAGUCGCAAGUCGCCCUUCUUCUACGAGAAGGUUUAGCUCUUUACGGCUUGAGUCACCCAGCCUUACUCCCUGUUCUGGGUGUCUCGAUCGAGGACAGAAGCGCGCCCUUUCUACUUUAUCCUCAUACCGGUUACAAAAACAUGAAGAGAUUCUUACUAAGGUGCAAGCUGAGCAGCGAAGGGCCACCGAGGGCUCUUACUACUCAGGAAGUCGUCGAAAUGGCACUUCAAGCUGCCAAAGGGGUUCAGUAUCUUCAUAGGAAACGGCUUGUCCAUAAAGAUCUCGCUGCGAGGAAUUGCGUCGUCGACGACGAUCUACGCGUUCAAAUAACGGACAACGCCCUAGCUAGAGAUCUCUUCCCUCAGGAUUACCAUUGUUUGGGAGAUAACGAGAAUCGACCAAUCAAGUGGCUAGCUAUAGAGAGUCUACUUGGUAAAACGUUUACCACUGCAUCAGACGUUUGGGCAUUCGGUGUUCUCCUAUGGGAAUUAACUACGUUGGCACAACAACCCUACGUCGAAGUAGAUCCAUUCGAGAUGGCGAGUUAUCUCCGUGAUGGUUACAGAUUAGCCCAACCGAUCAAUUGUCCCGAUGAACUAUUCGCGGUAAUGGCCUAUUGUUGGGCCAUGUCUCCCGACGAGAGACCUACCUUCGGACAGCUCAUAGUCUGUUUGCAAGAUUUCCACACGCAAUUGACGAGAUACGUUUAAUGUUCGUACGAAAAAUAGAAAAAAAAUUCGUUUAGCUAUCGAACGAAAUCGAAGUAA